AUGGGAGAAAAGCAGGAAAAAUUGGAAUUGAUUGAUGAAAGCGAAAUUCAACAAGCUUCUCAAUCAAUGUUAGGUGAUGAUGCCCGCGUAGAAGCCGACAUAGUUUCACCAGAACUCACUGAAAUGGAAAGAAAAAAGCAAAAAAGAAUUACAAUAUUAUGUGCAAUUGCUAGCGUCCUUAUCCCGCUAUUAGGAUUCGUUUUCUUCAUUUACUAUUGGAAGAAAAAUAAAUUUCGAGCUUGGUUAUGUUUUGGACUUGCUUGGAUACCAACUUUAGCUGUAAUAAUUUUCAUCCUUUGGUUUUUCGGAGUUUUUCUGUUUUGGUUGGGAAGAACAUAA